UUUAGCCCCCGGUAGGCUUUACAGAAUCGGAGAGUCUUAGUAGGAAAAUGUUUUAAAAGCAAAUGGCAGCGGAUAAGCGACUUUCCGCAAUUUCAGGCCAUCUUCAGCCAAGUUUGUCGCUCGGGGAAAAAUAUCGGCAAUCUCUUUUGGUCAAUUUGCGACAGCAUGGAAUACUUGAUGUGGAGCUAUCUGGUCCACCAUCAUGUUAUGAAGUGGAAUAUCAAAGCCUUCUCACUCCGCAUGCCAUAAUUUUUAUUGUUGAGCUUGUCAGACAGUUUGAUAGCAAUGUUGAACAGAUGCUAAGAUAUCGCAGCAUCAGAAAACUGACUCUAAAUGACUCAGGAGAAUUACCAUUCUUCCAACCACAAAGUGUACAGGUUAGGGAUAAAACUUGGAGGGUGUCACCUGUCCCUCCCAGGUUGCAGUGCAGGGCAGUUGAUCUUGGAGACAUCUCCCCUGCUGAUACUGAAAUGUUCACCAAGGCUCUAAAUUCACCAGCUUGUGGCAUUCAGACUGAUCUUGAUGAUGGUCACUGUCCUUCUUGGACGAAUCAAUUGAGAGGCCUUUACAACAUCUUUCAGUUUGUACAUGGCAACCUUAGGGGACACAGGGCUGAUUUCAUUUUGCCCGAUCGUAAGAAGUACGUAUCGAUGGACAAACAGUACCUUUAGAGUUACAUGCAGCUGGUUAUUAAGGCAUGUCACGCACGGGCAUGUCACGCAACAGGAGGAAUGGCGCCAGUUGUGUUACCGAAAGAUAAUCCGCAACUUCGAGAGCAAAUCACCAGAAAAGUCUGCAGAGCAAAGUUCAACGAAAUCAAGGCAGGAGCUGAUGGAUUUUUAGUAUUUGAUCCUGAUCUUGUACAGCCUUUGAUUCAGAUGUGGAAUACAGAGGUAAAUUCCAAGAACCAGCUACAUGAAAGCCGAUCUGAUGUGUUUGUCUCUAGGAACGACCUUCUACAACUACCAAGGGGUGGAUUUACCCUACAAGGAUUACAGGAUAACAUUACCGUUGGAAUUCUUUUCAUAGAUGCUUGGUUGAGAGGCCAGGGUGUAUUUGUGCUUAAGGGAGCUGUGGAGGACUCGGCCACAGCCGAAAUUUCUAGGUCACAGAUUUGGCAGGCAAUUCGCCAUCGGUGCAAACUGGAGGGAGAUGGCCUUAUUGUGACUAAAGCCCUCGUUUGCGGUCAAAUAAAACGUAUAACAGACGAGCUUAUCAGCCAGAAAGCUCACAACUCUGUGGAUGCAGAAAGGCUAGCGACGUCUGCCAAGGUAUUGGGGGAGCUCGUAUUGAAGCGAGACUUCCCACAGUUUAUAACAACAUACCUUUACGAACAUCAAGCGUUCAGGAACAGAAUGCAAUAAUGAACUGUGAAUAUAAAGGUGAAAGAGACUAAAGUGCAGCCCAUUUCAUAAGGUGGCCCGCAAAGGCGCAUGCGCAGGCUACUUAAAAUGAAAGUCCCAGAGGUUGUUGGAAAAGCGGUUGCCGAUAAAAGAAACCCCGAGGACUACGAGCAAUCCCUCCCGGUUUUCGGAAAAGUCCGUGAGGCGAGUAAAACAAAAUAAGUGAAAAACGAAAAAAAAAAAAAAAAGAAUGUUGGCACAACGCACUCCCAGAGUUCUGUGUGGCGCGCUGAUAUCAAUUUUCUCUUUUUCGCUGAUUUUCUUGUUACCCGCGGGACGGACUUCGCCCAAAGCAAGGACUGAUCGUAGUCUAUUUAAGGUGUGGAGGCUAACAAUCUCCCCUUCCUUGAUUUCAAACAGAUCGGAAGCGAGAUUUUUUUUAGGCAAAAAGUGUUUGUAGCCCCACGCCAGCUUCCACAAUCAGCAACCUGCUUUUUAGUCUCCUCUUUAAAAUUUUCAUUCUGCUGUUCCUUUUGAUUCAGGAUUAUUUAAUAAUAUAUUGUUUGUUAAUGAUAUUGGUGUGGAGAAAUUUGACAAAGAGCAACUAUUAUACAAAUUAAAGAUGUCAUGGUUCUACUGUACAUUAGCAUGUCCAGGAAGCUUGUGUGAUAAAAGGAGUUCCUUCCUUUGAAGGAUCGGCUAUUGUAAGGCACACUUAACUCCAAAUCGUGUUUGAGCUUCGAGCCCUGUGGCGCCUUAUUUGUGGUCACAAUUGGGCGAUACAUUAGUGAGAGUAUUGUGUUCUUUACUCACAGAAUGACAACUUUUAUGUGAUUGAUGUUGAGAAUUUUCAUUUCCUUCAACUGAAUUUCACUUAGGUGAUUAAAAGGUAAAUUAAAUCUGGUCAGGGAUAUCC